AUGCUGAUGAAGCGGAGAACUCACAACAAGUCGCGGCAUGGUUGUCGCAAUUGCAAAAAGAGGCAUGUCAAAUGCGAUGAACAAGGCCCCCCAUGCACAAACUGCGCAGCCCGUGGUCUCGAGGGCUGCUCAUACCUCCCAGAUCCCCCCUCUCAGCUCCCCGCAACAGAGACCCGUCGACGUCUCGAGCUCGAGUUGAUGCACCGCUGGUCCACGCGCACCUUUAUGAGUCUCGUCUGCAUCCCCGAGGACAUCAAGUGGCUGCAAGGCGACAUGCCAAUCUGGGCACUCAAGAACGAGUACCUCCUACACGGCAUGUUUGCAUUUGUUGCACUCGAAAUAGGCCUUUGCGGCGACGCCGUCAUGGAUGAGGAUCCUGUCGUCUACGUCAAGUUGGCGUUGGAGUACUACGACAAGGCGAGCAGGGCUUUUCGCGCGCAGCUUGAGAAUGUGACGCCAGAGAAUGCGCAAAAGAUGUUCAUGUUCUCCUUUCUCGCCGUGGGGGUCAACAUGGCACUCGCCCAGUGCGAGGGCAUGAUUGCGUUUGAGCAAAACAUCCUGGAACGCAUGGUUGCUCUGUGGGAACUGCUGAUGGGUAACGCUUCUAUCGCUGAUAGGUACUAUGACGUCCUCAUCUCGGGUGCCCUGUCACAGUCUACAGAGGCGAUCCUAAUUCGGACGUCACAGCAGACUCAGACGCCGGCGUCUUUGCCAAGCGAGACUGAAGCUGCACUUGAACGGCUAUCGGCCAUCAUUGAAAAGGCCAUUCAACCAAGAGGGCGUGAGAGCAGUGACCCAGAAGCUCGCGCAGAGGACGCAGUCCGCACCCGCAUCUACCGAUCAAGCUUCACAGCAAUCAAGAAAUGCUUCGAGGUGGACUCCAAGGACCUGUACAAGGGGGCAGCCAUCGGGUUCCCUGCCAUGGCAGGCCGCGAGUUUGGCCCAGCCCUCAAGAAGUCAGACCCCGUGGCCAUGUUUCUCAUGAUGCACUGGGGCGUGCAACUACACGCCCUGGGAAAGCUGGCGUGGUGGGUGGGCUCCUUUGGCCAGAAGAUGGUGCGCGAGCUGUCGGGGAUUCUGUGGGAGUCAGACCUAGGGGCUGAUACGCCCGGGUGGAGGGAGAACAUUACCUGGGCCAGGAUCGAGGUUGAGCUGAUACCGCUGGGGGGUGUGACGCCUGAAGAGGAGCGUCAAUUACGUAGUGUCAUGGCCCCUUUGCUUGGGAGUGCUGCAAGCCAAUUUCCACCAGCCCCUUGGCGCCGCUCCCUUACGGCACAUGAGGAUGGUGAGCUCUGCCCACUCUUGCAAAGAUUCAGCUCGUUCCUCUUGCUCUGGAAGAAGUGUUACUCUUUGGAUGACUGGUAG